UUGGUAGUAUUUCUAAGAAAAUUUAUGGGUCUUUUUACUGAUGAUUUUUUUCUUUUUUUUCUUCCAUUUUUUUCAUUUUUUCUUCCAUUUUUUCAUUUUUUUCAUUUUUUCUUAUCCACUUUCCUUUUUUCAUUCAAUUUUCUUCCAAAAAAUUUUCGUGUUCAAUAGGACAACAAUACAUACUUGCCUUCCUCCAAAAAGCCUUUGCCUUAUUAAAAAAAUUUAUUUCACUGGUCUAACAUUCAUGCAUAACAUAAAAGCACAAAAAUGA